AUGGCCAUCAGCAUUGAGGAGCUCGACACUACGGUCCGCGCCUUUUACGAAGGUCGCGGUGACCAGCAAAAAGCCGCUCAGAAUGCCUUAAACCAGUUCAAGGAAGACCCCGACGCCUGGCUCAUGGUCGACAAAAUUCUUUCCGAUGCCCAGUACCCGCAGACGAAAUAUCUCGGCCUCCAGGUCCUUGACAACGUGAUUCUGACGCGAUGGAAGGUUUUGCCUCGCGACCAGUGCCAAGGCAUCCGCAAUUUCAUUGUCCAGUUUAUCAUCCAGUCUUCCACUACCGAGGAGUCUCUGCAAUCCAACAAGACUCUCCUCAACAAGCUCAACCUCGUCCUUGUUUCCGUCCUCAAGCAAGAAUGGCCCCACAACUGGCCGACGUUCAUCAACGAAAUCAUCUCGUCCUGCCACUCUAGCCUGUCGAUUUGCGAGAACAACAUGAUCAUUCUGCGUUUGCUGUCCGAAGAAGUUUUUGACUACUCUGCCGAGCAGAUGACCUCGGCCAAAACGCGGAGUAUGAAGCAGACCAUGUGCGCCGAGUUUUCUCAGAUUUUCCAGCUCUGCCAGGAAGUUCUAAACACAGCCGAUCAGGCCAGCCUUAUCAUGGCUACCCUCGAGACAUUGCUCGCCUUUUGCAACUGGAUUCCGCUCGGCUACAUUUUCGAGACCCCCCUUAUUGAGACCCUGCGCACACGCUUCCUGCCGACUCCCGAGUUUCGAAAUGUCACCCUGCAGUGCCUGACGGAAAUUGGUGGUCUGCAGACUGGCGGCCCCGGCCAGCCCAACUCGUACGACGAGCAGCUUGUCAAAAUGUUCACCGAAGUCCUGACAACUAUUGCUGAUAUCAUCCCCAUGACCCUCGACCUGAAAAGCACAUACCCCAGCAGCAACUCGAGGGAUCAGCAGUUCAUACAAAACCUUGCACUGUUCCUGUGCAACUUUUUCGGAGCCCAUCUCAACCUUAUCGAGAAACUCCCUAACCGCGAUUAUCUCUUGCACGGCCACUACUACCUCGUCAGAAUAUCACAGAUCGACGAUCGCGAAAUCUUUAAGAUCUGCCUCGACUACUGGCUGAAGGUCGUCCAGGAGCUCUAUGAGGAGAUGCAGCAGCUACCCAUCACUGAUCUGAACCCGCUCCUCGCUGUCGGCGGUGGCGUUUCUGGUGGCGGCGCUCCCAACCCCUCACUCCUCACAAGCUACCCUCUUCGGAAGCAUAAGUACAACGAAGUGCUGUCGAACCUGCGAAUUGUCAUGAUCGAGAAGAUGGUCCGCCCCGAGGAAGUCUUGAUUGUCGAAAACGACGAGGGUGAAAUUGUUCGCGAAUUCGUCAAGGAAAGUGACACUGUUCAACUGUACAAGACAAUCCGCGAGUGUCUCGUCUACCUUACCCAUUUGGACGUGGUCGACACCGAAAACAUCAUGACGGAGAAGCUGGCGCACCAGGUCGAUGGCACUGAAUGGUCGUGGCACAACUGCAACGUUCUUUGCUGGGCCAUUGGCUCCAUUUCACUCGCCAUGAAUGAAGAGACGGAGAAGCGGUUCCUUGUGACUGUCAUCAAGGAUCUCCUCGGUCUCACCGAGAUGAAGCGCGGCAAGGACAACAAGGCGGUUGUCGCCAGUAAUAUUAUGUACAUUGUUGGCCAGUAUCCUCGCUUCCUCAAGGCACACUGGAAGUUCCUUAAGACGGUCGUGAAUAAGCUGUUUGAGUUUAUGCACGAGUCCCACGAGGGUGUUCAAGACAUGGCUUGCGAUACUUUUAUCAAGAUCGCGCGACAGUGCAGACGCCACUUCGUCGCUCUUCAGCCCAUGGAGCAGGAGCCCUUUAUCGAGGAGAUCGUCCGUAACAUGGGCCGCAUCACCUGUGAUCUGACCCCUCAGCAGGUGCACACCUUUUACGAGGCUUGCGGCUACAUGGUCGCCGCUCAGGGUAACAAGCAUCAGCAAGAGCGUCUUCUGGCCGACUUGAUGAGCAUCCCUAACGCCGCGUGGGACGAGAUUAUCAAGCAAGCUACCUUGAACCCUUCGAUCCUCCAGGACUCGGAAACCAUCAAGGUCAUCGGUAACAUUAUGAAGACGAACGUGUCGGCGUGCACUUCUAUCGGGCCAUACUUCUACCCGCAGAUUGGUCGCAUCUACCACGACAUGCUCCAGAUGUACCGCGCCACGAGUACAUUAAUAUCCGAGGCCGUUCAGCGCGACGGCGAACUCGCCACCAAGAUGCCCAAGGUUCGCGGUCUACGCACCAUUAAGAAGGAGAUUCUCAAGCUCGUUGAGACAUACAUCGACAAGGCCGAGGACCUGCAAGCCGUCCGUGCCCAGAUGAUCCCCCCGCUGCUGGAUUCUGUCUUGAUUGAUUACAACCGCAAUGUUCCCGGUGCCCGCGAUGCCGAAGUACUCAAGGCCAUGUCUGUUGUUAUUACCAAGCUCUCCAGCCUUAUGGAAGACCAGGUCCCCACCAUCAUGGAGAACGUCUUUGAGUGCACUCUGGAAAUGAUCAACAAGGACUUUUCCGAGUUCCCUGAGCAUCGUGUUGAGUUCUUCAACCUUCUCCGUGCCAUUAACCUGCACUGCUUCCCGGCUCUCCUCAAGCUCGACAACAACCAAUUCAAGUUUGUCAUCGACUCUUGCUCCUGGGCGUUCAAGCACGACAAUCGCGAUGUCGAAGCUGCUGGCCUCAACAUGUGCCUGGAGCUCAUCACCAACAUUGCCGAAAAGACUGAUGUCGCCACUGCGAAUGCGUUUUUCCAGCGCUUCUUUGUGACAAUUCUCCAGGAUGUGCUUUUCGUGGUCACUGACAAUGACCACAAAGCCGGUUUCAAGACACAGUCUAUGCUGCUGAUGAAGCUGUUUUACUACAUCCAGCCCGGUGAUGGCAGUCAGCCCAAGAUCCAAGGCCCAAUCUACACCGAGGGCCAAGCUCAGGCGGGAACCACCAACAGAGAGUUCCUGGGUAACUCGGUUGCUGAACUCCUGCAGAGGGCGUUCCCGAACCUGCAAGCUGCCCAGAUUACCAACUUUGUGGAGGGCCUUUUCAGCCUAAACACGCAGUACGACAAGUUCCGCCUGAACCUGCGCGACUUCCUCAUCUCGCUCAAGGAAUUUGCUGGCGACAAUGCCGAGCUUUUCAUUGUUGAGAAGGAGCAGCAGGAACGUGACGCCAAGGCAGCCGACAUGGAGAGACGGCAAAAGGUUGGCGGUCUACUGAAGCCUUCGGAGCUUGACGACGAAGAGCUGUGA